GCGAGGUACAGUUGCCUACUAUUGCGAUAGACAGCAUUUUGUCCUUAAGAGUUUCCUUUCAUUAGGCAGCUUCAUGCUGGGCGGUAGACCGAAACUUCCGCCUGUAUCUACUGCUCUUGAUUCUCAACGUGAUAGAGCAGUUCGAAAGGUUCGCGAGACAUUUAUCUCUUCACUUGGCCAUUCGUGUAUCGUCAUCCUGCGGCCCAGCUUCUUCCUGGGAAAGACCUAACAUAUUACGGACCUGAUUUGUCGAACUCUUGUAUCUUCUUCUCCUUGUUAAUAGCUGUGUUCAUAUGAGUGACUUGUCGUCCUGAAACACCAGCGCCAUUUCCGAGUGUUGGGUGUCGUGUGGAGUUGUUGGGCAGCCUCCUUGCCCGCGAGCAGUGCUUGCCCAAGGGCGCAGGAAUCUCACGAUGGACACCCGUACAAGCAGGUCCAUCGCGAGUGUCGCCUUGGUCUGCCUGCCCGCAGCCUUCUUAUUGCGCCGUCAUCUCUUCCCAGCACGCUCGGGCAAUGUUAUCAAAGCGCCGGAGCGGGAGCAAGCAGCCUUGCCUUGUGCUCACCCGACGGAGCUCUCAUCUCUUCCUUAUCCUCCCGAUGCCCUUCCGGGCGGCCGCGAUGUCCCGACUCCAUACGGCAACAUCCACGUCUUCGAGUUUGGCCCGUCAGAUGGCGAGAGGGUCCUGUUUCUCCACGGCCUGUCGAUGCCUAGCGUCUCCGGUUCCAACACCGCAGUCACUCUUGCUAGCAAGGGCUAUCGAGUGAUGCUUUUCGACCUCUUUGGCCGUGGAUGGUCGGACGCACCAGACCCCGAGGAUGUCGACUAUGAUGAGAGACUAUUUGCGAGCCAGAUCACGAUGGUCCUGGCGAGCUCCGAGGUCAGCUGGACGGGCCAUGCCAUGGUGGGAGGUAACGGGGGUUUCCACAUCAUUGGGUACUCGCUGGGUGGAGGCCUUGCUGCUAAUUUUGCAAGCUGGUUCCCGCACUUGGUCCGGUCAUUAACCUUGGUCGCACCUGGAUCAUUGCAGAGACUUGGUGACAUUGGCUGGCGAACCCGCCUGCUGAACUCGAGAUGGGGGCCAAACUGGCUGAUUCAAAGUUGGUACAGGCGGCGGCUUGAGCCCAAAUUUAUAGCCGCAGGGCAUGGCAGUUUCACGACUGGCGACCCUUGGGACGAUGCCAUCAUUUCACCGACCCGACCUCAAGUCACCGCGGCCUCCAUCAUGUCGUGGCAUCUGGACAACCACAAGGGUUUCGUACCGGCCGUCAUCAGCACCUUGCGAUACGCCCCAAUCUAUGAGCGGUACGACGACUGGAAGAGAUUGGGAAGCCUUCUUUCUGCGAGAAGGGAGAAUCCCCAUCUGCCUGGCUUGUUCGGCGGGCGGUUGCUGUUCAUCCUCGGUUCCCAUGACCAGAUUGUACCAGAACAUAAGAUCAUGCCAGAUGCAAGGGGCAUAAUUGGUGGCGAUGCUUGCCAGGUGGAGGUGUUAGAUGCUGGCCAUGAGCUUGGCAUUACCAAGGGCACUGAGGUGGCAGAAAUUGCAAGCAAAUUCUGGGGGGCAUCUUAGUUUAGAGCAUGCCUAGGUACCUAGGUAGGAACAGAUAUCAGAUAGAAAAAAUUUGGUCUGAGCAAGAAACAACAUUUUGGGAAG